GGAGAGGGAGGAUGCGGCCUGACGCCGCUCGCGGACGCUGCGGACAUCUCGACGAUCGUCCACGGCUUCCGCAUGCUGCACUGCGACGACGCCACCGUCCGAGACAUCGCCUGGGCCACUCUAUCUACGGCCGCGCGCCGCCGGCUGGGGAGGGAGCCGAGUCGAUCCGACUUGGCCACCUACCUUAGCGGCAGCACUGAGGGCGACCUCGCAAGAGACGGAGGCGACAUCCAGUCACUGUGGACGCGCGUCAGGAACGCCACAAGGCGCCUAGCGCCGCGCGGCGUCACCUGGCGCUGGAGUGACUUGCUUUCUGAGUUGCAGGUGGAGGUCGGCGGCCAGCCCGCCAUCGCUGACGACGCGGAACACGGCGGCAUCGGAGGGGUGACGCAGCCGGCCACGGAGGGGACGGCGCCCGGGACUUCACGACACCUCGAAGAUGACGGCGAUGGACCGCAGCACGAUGAUGACGGCGUGGGACGCAUCGCCAACACUGGCGUCGAGCAUGUCCGGGUGGGAGGGGGCGCCAAGCGUCUGCUCUCUCGGACGCUCCGCGAGUGUCUGAGGCAGCGCUUGCGCAACCUCCUACUCAGGAAACCUGACCAGGGGAAGGUGUUCGAGUGCACCAGGGACUCCACAGCGUCCAACCACUUCAUAGCGGGAGGCAAAUACACCCGCUUCGCAGACUGGCGCUUUAUCCAUCGCGCCAGACUCGGAGUCGUGCCUCUGAACGGUUGUCGCCGCUUUGAUGGGCGGGCAAACAACAACAAAGCCUGCCGACGCUGUGGCCACGACAAUGAGACGCUCCCACACGUAAUCAACGCGUGUAUGGUGCACUCAGCAGCCCUGCAAUAUCGCCACAACGCGGUCCUCAACCGCCUCGCGACAGCAGUCGCUGGGCGGCCAAGAAGAGGAAACACUGCUGUUCCUGACAUCAGGAUCAACCAAGCCGUCAUAGGGGACAGCAGUGGGCUGCGUCCGGACCUCGUUGUAACUGACGAGGCCGCGAAGACUGUAACCAUCGUCGAUGUGACAAUCCCCUUCGAGAAUAGGCGGAUUGCGCUCGACAACGCUCGGCAACUAAAGAGGAUAAAGUACGCCGACGUUGCGCGCGGAUUAGCUGCUCGCGGCUACUCCGUCACUGUCGACGCCCUGGUUGUUGGCAGUCUGGGGGCGUGGGACCGCCAGAACGAUGCAGUGCUUCGGCACCUAGGCAUCGCUAGCCGCUACUGCCAACUGAUGCGGCGGCUGAUGGUGUCUGACACCAUCAAGUGGUCCCGCGACAUUUACGUGGAACACAUCACUGGCUACCGCCAGUAUGUGUCCCCCUAGACUGUGGCAUGCUCUGACGUCAGGCUGCGAGACCUUCGAGACUGCAGUCGUCGGAGAACUUCGAGGUCGGUGCCUUCGUGACGUCGGUGUCGAGAUUCUCUUCAACGACGCGGGAACGGCGGCGCUACACCAUCUUCGCGCCGCACUGCAGCAGUGCCGAGUCAGUAGCGGUGCGUGCGGUGCUGCCUGGUGCCCCUCCCUCCGUGGUGUCCGCCGAAUAUGGCCCCCACCCCGGUUGGCGCGGUGCUAGGCGGCGCCAAACGUGUGCCUACUGCCCGGCAGUCUCCAGCCAGCGUGGGAAGCAACACCCUCCUGCCACGACACCCCAGUGACGUCCGCCGCAAGGCAGACAGAGGGGAGAAGUCCGGCUGUGUGUGACCCGCCUGCGUGUGUGGCACACCAGCCGCUGGCAGCCGUGCAUGUGCAGUGUGCUGUCAGGGCAUGGAGAUGAAUGGAAUAAAAUAAAAUAGCUCCUAAAUUAGGUCCCCUGGUCUGACAUGAGUAAGGCCGCGCCUACCGCGGGAAUAGUCUUAAGGAUAACAUACUUAAGUAACCGCGCCUAACGCGGCCUCCCAAUAUUUAAGUAGUGGGCUUAACCC